UAUAAGAGUAAGAAGAAGAAGAAGAAGAAGAAGAAGAAGAAAUCUCAUUCGAAGUUAUUGGAAACAUUGCAAUGGCGGAAUCAAUUCUAUACAAUAUUGCGGCAUCCCUUGUAACCAAAUUGGGCUCUCCUGCACUCGCUGAGUUUCAAUUGCUUUGGGGCCUCGAGGAUGAGCUUACCAAACUCAAACAUACCAUUGAAGCCAUGGAAGCUGCGCUUCUUGAUGCAGAGGAGCAACAGUUCAAGAGCCAUGAAAAGAAGAAUUGGAUUUCAAGGGUCAAGGCUGUUUUCUACAAUGCCGAUGACUUGAUUGACGAGUUUGCUUAUGAAACCUUGAGGUGGCAAGUUAUAGCCGAAAGUAGAAGAGGGGUGAAAGAGGUACGUGAAGUUUUGUCUAUGCCUCAUCAUAUUGCAUUUCGUUUUAAAAUGAGUCACAGAAUUAAAGAUAUUAGAGAAAAACUGAAUGCUAUUGAUGUUGAUAAAACACAAUUCCAUUGCUCGAAGAGUGUUAGAGAUACUCGAAUUGAUGAGCUGAGGGAGACUCGAGAGACUUACUCUAUUAUACAUGAUGAUGAAGUGGUUGGUAGGGAGGACGACAAAAAAGCAAUUAUGGAUCUUCUGUUAGAUACAAAUAUUGAAGCCAAGGAGAAUAUUGCAACGAUUGCCAUAGUUGGAAUGGGAGGAUUGGGAAAGACCGCACUUGCACAAUCUGUCUACAAUGAUGAAAACACAACAGAACAUUUUAUGAUGAAAUUAUGGGUGUGUAUUUCGGAACAGUUUGAUGUGAAUGUUAUUAUUCAAAAGAUUAUAGAGUCUGCAACAGGAAAGAAGCCUGAGAUCCUUCAAAUAGAGCUUUUACAAAGUGAACUUCGAAAGCAUAUUGAUGGGAAAAAGUACUUGCUCAUCAUGGAUGAUGUGUGGAAUGAAAAUUACGAGAAAUGGGUUAAGCUUAAAACAUUGUUAAAGGAUGGUGCAAAAGGUAGUAGAAUAUUGAUCACAACACGUCAUCAGCGAGUUGCAGAGACUUUUGAUACAAUUUUAUCUUAUGUUUUAGGGCAAUUGGACUAUCAAAGCGCUUGGCUAUUAUUUAAAAAAGUGGCUUUCAGAGGUGAGAAAUCAGAAAAAGAACUUGCAAAUUCAGAUCUAGUCAAAAUUGGAAAGGAGAUUGUGGCAAAGUUAAAAGGCCUUCCUCUUGCGAUAAGAAUCAUAGGAAGUCUUUUGUAUGCUANAUAUUUUUGGACUCACCCCUUUCCCCAUUUCUUUUUCAUGUGUUCAUUGGCAACCGAUCAAGGUGGAGGAGCGUUCGAGACUUGUGCGGUCUAG